AUGGAGGACUGGUCUUUCCUCAAACAGAAAGGAGUUGCUUUAGGUCAAGACACGCUUUUCACAACUUCCAACAAUGUUAAGGUCUCCUUAUCUGAAGGUUACAUCCCACUACUGGUAAACCUCAGUGUUGAAGACAAGGCGGCAAAAGGUCUGAGAAAGCACAAAGGUGGAAAUGUCAGGCAAGAGACAGUCUACGUCUCUGCGCUCGAAGCCAUACGAGACAAUCAGUUCCUACUACUCACCGGCAAAAGUGGUUCGGGAAAGACGACUUUCGCAAAGUAUUUGAUAUAUGGCCACGCCACGGACAUCUUUCAGAAGGAAAGGGAAUCGGCUCCUCGCAAUGAAGGAGGAGAAAGACGAGAAGAGGCGCUGAAUGGGCUGAAGCUCCUACCAUUGCUCAUCACCAUCACCAAAACACAAGAUCUCGCAGAUAUUACUCAGAGAUUACCGGUUAUUCUUGAAACUUGGGAUAAGAGAGAAACGAAGAGCGCAGAUGAAGAAUUGCUUCUGAUACUGGAUGAAAUCCAACACGCGGGAUUGCAAGGCGUGAAGGAUCUCGCAUCUAUAGCCAACGCUAUUACUCCAAGAUCAGACGUUAGGCUGCUCGUCCUGGCUACAGACGAUGCUACUCAAGACUGGACUCUACCAGACGGCUUUUCGAAACUCCGGCUUCUACCAUUACUGGCUAUUCAAAGGCGCGAACUCGCUCAAAAACUGUGUCUGGAUACAAAGUUUGGCUCUGGAAAUGCGGCUUCAAUACCGGCUGUGUUUUCCAUGGCCCUAGCGUCUGGAAAUUCUGGAGAUACGAGCGAAUCCGCUCUAGAUGCCUGGUUAGAGCAUUGUUUCUCAUCACUUGAGACGCGCCAAGGCCUUCUACACGACGUGCGGGACGUAUGGGCGGCUGAGCGACACAACCAGCUCAAUCUCCUAUCAAAGGGGAUUUUUAAAUGGCCAUUUGUCUCGUGUACGGCUGUUCAAGAGCUGUUAGUGGCUGCGCAGCUACAAACGGCAACGUUUCAGGAGAUACUGGAGGUCUUUGACAAAGACGCCAGGUCGGCAAUUCCUGUUUUGCAAAGUAUUCUGCGUCGAUUUGGAAAGGGAGAAAAACAAGAGAGUUUCAUACAUGAACUUCUGAAUCGAUAUAACGAUGACCUUGAUGGGGACAAGGCUCAAUACGCUGCACUUAUAGCUUGCGAGUUUACAGACCCUAAGAACAUACCAUUGGUCACCCAGGUUAUCACUCAUCUGCUGAAGGUGAUAACGUUUGGAACCCUCCCAAUAUCUCAUCGGCUAGUGGCCGGUCGCUACCUCUCGCUAUUUGGAGAUCCACGCGAUCUGGCAAGCUUGAUCGAGAUACCAGAAGGAACAAGCUUUUUUGGAUCAUCCAAUCAUCCGAAUUCGAGUCCACUUCAUGAACUUCAUAUUGAUUCAUUCAAGAUCAGCGCGUUUCCAGUUGUAAAUCGAGACUAUGGAGACUUUGCGCAACAAACAGGCCGCGCUUGGCUGAGUCAAGAUGGUUACGAUCCCUAUUUGCAGAACGCUCCAGCAACAGAUCUCACGUGGCAUGGUGCCAGACUGUAUUGCCAAUGGCUUACCCAUAGAUGGAGAGAAACAGGAAAGAUAAAACACAACGAAACCGUACAGUUACCUUCGGAGCCGCAGUGGGAGAGAGCAUCCAGGGGAGAUCAGCGGGAAUUACAGACUGGACAGAAUAUGUAUCCAUGGGGCACCAACUUUGCAUCGAGUCUAUCAAAUUGCGAAGAACUAGCGCUCAACAACAAAUGCACCGUCGGUUUAUUUCCGCAGUCCCGCUCACCAUUUGGCUGCUACGACAUGACAGGCCAAGUAUGGGAAUGGUGCACAACGUUGUGGGGAGUUGACAUGACGACUCCAAAGUUUAAAUAUCCAUGGAAAGGUUCAGAUGGUCGUGAGGAUCUGGAAGCAGACGAUACAAUUCGAAGAGUUCUGCGAGGAGGCUGCUUUUCGAGUGGCCGAGCCAAGGCAACGUGCACUUAUCGCGGUAGUCUUGAGCCGACUGGUUUUUGGAGGGGCAAUGGGUUCCGCAUUGUGGUUGUUGCUGAGUAG